AUGGACGAAGAAAGUGCACACAUGCAGACACUCAGCACCCAUAAAGGAGAGACGGUCGAACCUUUUGGUUUCCACGACAACGAACUAACACUACAAAAUGGUUGCAUAUUCAAGGGCUACAGGAUAAUGAUUCCAGAAGCUUUACAACACUCAGUGUUAAAUGAACUACAUGUUGGACAUCUAGGCAUGGAGAAGAUGAAUAUCCUUGCUAGAAGUUUUUGCGCGUGGAAAAGUAUUGACAGAGAUAUUGAGCAAAUGGAAAUUGAAGGAGGCAUCUCUGGUAAAGAGUUGUUUGAUAUUGUUAACAAUUUUAUGGCGGAGAAUGAUAUUAACUGGGAAGACUGUGUUGGGGUGUGUACUGAUGGAGGCCGGUCAAUGUCAGGCCACUACCAAGGACUGCAAUCUCGCAUUCGGGAAAAAGCCCCAAACACUGUUUGGACACACUGUAUUAUACACGGAGAAGCACUGGCAGCAGCAAAGUUCAGUUCAGAGUUAAGCGCUCAACACUCGUCCCUUUUGUACUAUAGCAGUGCUCGAUGGCUAUCUCUGGGCAAUUCUCUGCUAAGAUUGUUUGAGCUGAAGCAAGAAAUAAUCCACAUUUUUCUGAGUGAAGACAAUAAUGCUCUUGCUGAUACGUUUAUUGAUGAAAGUUUUCUCCUUAAACUGGCGUUCCUGACAGAUAUUUUUGAACGUUUGAACAUUCUUAACAAGUCUUUGCAGGGGAACAAUACGGAUAUUUUUCAAUUGACCAGUAAAGUUGAAGCAUUCAAGAAUCUUAUGCUUUGGGAAAAAAGUUUGAAGAAUGGAGAUUGUUCGAUGUUUUCAACUUUGAAUCAGUUUCUUAAAGAAAACGAUCUUACUCUGAAAGAAGAAAUGAAAACAAUGUUGACUCAGCACUUGUCUAGAGUACAAAGUUAUUUUGAAGACUACCUGCCAAAAGAUGAAAUCAAAGCGCAGCAGUGGGUAAACGACCCUUUUCAAACUGAAAUGCCUGAAAACUUCAGCAAUGAAGAAGCAGAACAGCUAAUUGACAUUUCAACGGACUUGUCAUUGAAAUCAAAAUUUCAGUCCCAAUGCUUGUUUGAGUUUUGGAAUGGUACUGAAAACGAUUUUCCACUGUUGAGCAAAAAAAGUUUUCAUGUUGAGUGUAAGCUGACUCUUGUAGCCAGCAGUUGGCAACCUGAUGCAGUCAAGAAACUGGAUUUAUACACCGAAAAAUACCAGAAGCAUGAAGCUGUUAGUUCUUCGUACUAUAUUGUGUAUUGUCACGCUUUCCCCUCGCACGGAAUUCCCUGUAGCGCUGUAUUAGCACGCUGUCCUCCUCCUCCGACCACAGGUAGGACGCCCUAA